AUGAAGUUCACCAUCUCCGCCGCUGUUCUGGCCCUCGCUGCCACCGUCGCUGCCAUGCCCAGCAAGCCCGAAGCCAACGGCAACCUUGGUGUCGGCAACGGCAACGGCAACAAGGGCAACAGCGAUGUCCGCUUCCCCGUCCCUGACGACGUGACCGUCAAGCAGGCUUCCGCCAAGUGUGGUGACCAGGCUCAGCUGUCUUGCUGCAACAAGGCCACCUACGCCGGUGACACCACCACCAUUGACGACGGUAUCCUCGCUGGUACCCUCGGUAACCUCCUUGGUACUGGUUCCGGCUCUGAGGGUCUCGGUCUCUUCGACCAGUGCUCCAAGCUCGAUCUCCAGAUCCCCAUCAUUGGCAUCCCUCUCCAGGAUCUUGUCAACCAGCAGUGCAAGCAGAACAUCGCCUGUUGCCAGGGCUCCCCCUCGGACGCCAGCGACUCCCUCAUCGGCGUUGCCCUGCCUUGCAUUGCCCUCGGCUCUAUCUUGUAA